AUGAAGAGUUUGGCCCAAAGACGCCAGUCUGCACCAUCUUUGAUCUUUGUCAAAGCACUUAGCAGAUCUAGAUCGGCCUCAAGGGAAGGCUGCUUCUCCCCCAUCAGCCCAGAGGCAUGGCCCCUUGUGCAGUCUUUCAUAUGCCACAACCGAACGUUCAUACUGGAUGGCCACGUGCAGCUGAAGACGAGUCUGCAAACACAGGAGCGACACCUUUUCCUCUUUACAGACCUUCUGGUCGUUGCCAAGUCCAAGUCACACUCUCAUUUCAAGCUAAAGUGCCAAGCACGUCUCUGUGAGAUGUGGACAGCAUUUUGUACAGAAGAAGUCUGUGAAGGCAGCACAGACCCAGAGAGGUCCUUCGUUUUGGGCUGGCCCACCACAAACUGUGUGGUAAAUUUCAGGUCUGCAGAACAGAAGGAAACAUGGCUGUCUUUUUUGCAAAGUCGAAUAAGAGAAGAGAAGGAAAAAGACAAUCCUAAAAGCAUUCCUCUAACGAUAAUUGCAAAGGACGUGGGAACUUGUGCAUAUUCAAAAACCCUAACUGUAACCAAUGUUGAUACAGCAAAUGAUGUAAUUCUGAUGGCCCUGCAGCAGCUGGGAAUCAACGGGUCAGAAAAAGACUACAAGCUGUGGGUGAUUUCAGGAAGAGAACACGCUCCUUACCCUCUUAUUGGACAUGAAUAUCCCUUUGGAAUUAAAAUGAGCCACAUUCGUGAUGCUAUGCCCCAUGGAUCAAAGCACUGUGCCUGCCCCAGGCAGCUUCAGGGGUCUUUCUUGACGGAGCAGCUGCCCCAGGAGCUGCAGUGCCAGUUUGUGCUGAAGCCAAGCCAAGUGGCCAUGUGCCAGCAGCUGAACGACUUAAGCCAGAAGUCAUUUAAAAGGAAAAGAUCUAUCAUAAGUUGGGCUUUUUGGCGUGGCCCAGGCACUCCCUUGGACAAUGCACCUCUCUCCCCAACAACUGCUGCUCCUGGGAAGCUCUUUGGCCUCUUGCUAACAACCAUCUGUGAGGAUGACAACCUGCCCAAACCCCUCUUGGACAUGCUUUCCCUCCUUUACCAAGAGGGCCCUUCCACCAAGGGUAUUUUCAGACGCUCUGGAAGUGCAAAAAUCUUUAAAGAGCUCAAGGAGAAGCUUGAUUCAGGCACUGAAGUAGACCUAGCCUGUGAAUCCAUAUUUGUGACAGCAUCUUUAUUAAAGGAUUUUCUUCGCAACAUCCCAGGCAGUAUUUUGUCAUCCCAGCUGUGUGAUAAGUGGGUUUCUGUGAUGGAUCAAGGAAAUAAUGAAGAGAAGAUAAAAAGCAUCCAAAGGUUGUUAGAGCAGCUCCCCAGAGCUAAUGUUGUUCUCUUGCGUUACAUCUUUGGAGUACUGCAUAGUAUAGAAAUGCGAUCUGAAGAGAACCAGAUGAAUGCAUUUAACCUGGCUAUCUGCAUUGCACCCAGCCUGCUCUGGCCUGCUGUUUCCUCCACUCCUGAUACAGAAAGUGAACUUAUAAAGAAGAUUUCUACUCUGGUACAGUUCCUCAUUGAGAAUUGCUGCAGGAUUUUUGGAGAUGAAAUUACCUCCCUCUUUGGAGAAAUACUGAUGACAUGCAAGAGAGAAAACAGCUCAGAUGUGGCUUCUCUCCAUCAGAAUGACUCUUCCUAUGACAGCCUGGAAAAUGAGGCGAAUGAUGAAGCUGACUCUUCAUCUAGUGACUGGAUUAAAACCCGUGAUCAGGAUAACAGGAGCAGGGAGUCUGUCUUCACUCUGAGUGAUGGCGAUUCGGAGCAGACGGAGGUGGAUGAAAUCCAGAGUAAAACCAAAUCAAAACAAUCAACAGUUUCUGUUGACACACACCUUAAGUUUUCAUCACAGCAAAACUCAGAGAAUGAGUCUCUCUGCUCAAGUGCACUGGGUUUCUCUUCAGCAGCUACCUCGGGUGCUCUCAAACCUUUGAGGAGACACAGGCGCUCCUCAGAGCCUGCAGUUGGCCUCCUCACCUCCAGUUUCACCCACACUGAUGAUGGUCAUGAGAAGGCAACACGCAAAGCCAGCUGUGAUGUUGUCCUGUCUCAUGAAGAUGAAGACUAUCUCCAUCAGCUUCGGUCAUUGCAGGUGGAAAGGCAAAAGUUUAGCAAUCAGAGCUUGAUUAUAGGGAUUAACGUUGGUAAAAGUGACAACACAAACCAAAACAUUGAAAAGAAAGACCAGUCCCGUUGUCUCCUGCCUCCAACGCCAGAGGGAUUAAAUAUUUGCUCAGGAUUUAGCUCUUCUAGCCAGUCUUCUUCUGGAACAUCUCCAUCUGUGUCGUCAAUUUGCUCCCUGGACUGUGCUUUCUCUCACUUUUCAGACCAGACUCUGUUUACCCUAACUGAAACCUCCUGCCCUUUUGAUAGCACUUUUCCGUUGCUAAGGAAACACGAAGACACAACUACAGCUGUGGCUGAUGACUAUUUGGUUACACCCACCAAGGUGCCAACAUCUCCACAACCUACCGACGCUGUGGCUGAGAGGGGCUUGGUGCAGCCCCACAGCAGGCCAGCACCUUUGAAACCUACUGAUGGAGUUGAUGGCUCUUUGAUUAAGCCUGACAUUCGGCCAUUGCCUCUGAAAGUCACAGGAAGAGACAGAUUUCAUGCAAAGAGGAGGUCUAGAAAAGCAUUACAGGAAUCCAAAGUUUGA